UAUGAAGUUUGACUGCACAUGUGGAGGUGUUGCUUUCAACAGUUAGCAUACUUCCUCUUUUUCCCUGUGAUGUCAGUGACACUCGACAAAGUUUCAUACUGUUGCUGCCAUUGGAUUGUAUUGCAGGGUUGCACAGUUACUUGUUCAGUUACGGUUUUGGGGAAUUGAUUGUAUCGGGAAGCAAAAAGCCUUUAUUUACAGGAAAGGUUUUGGCAAGGCACUGAACAAAAAUGAUGAUAUUAACAACAUGCACAAUUGGUUCCAGAAACUCUUCAAGUCAACGCAACGUGAACAAGAGGUGACAAAAAACUCAUCAUCUCUCAAUGUAUCAUCUACAACUUCAUCUGCAUCAGCACUCGGUUCUCCAUCAACAUCAUCACCAUCUAAACUGCUACAGUCACAAUCUGUUCUGAACUCACGGUCGCGAUGGAGUCGGAAGUAUGACGUGUUUGUUUGCCAUAGCUCUGUGGACAGUGACAGUGAAGAGGCUGGGCGCUUGGUCUCUUUCCUGGAGGCUUCACCCCAUGGCCUUAGGUGCUUUCUACGGCAGAGGGACGACACUCCAGGAGGUGCAAUUCCCACAGAGUUAUGUGAGGCUCUGCAGAACAGCCACUUAUGGGCUUUGCUCAUCACUCCAAACUUCCUACAGGAUGAGUGGUGCAUGUAUAUGAUGCACCAGGCUCUGGCAGAGGCACCUAUGUCCGCUCGAAUUAUUCCCCUGCGUCAGAACCUGUCCCACACUCAGUAUCCUCAGGAACUGAAGUUCUACUACUACAUUGACCUAAGCUUUAAUUCUGACCGAGGUUAUAGUCGCAUCAGUAGGACUGUGCUCAAAUACCUGGAAGACCUGGCUAAAAGUGAGAAGACACGUGAUUGCAACAUGGACAGCUCCGGCAAAGGAUUAAGUGAAGAAAACAGCACGAAAAAGACAAGCUGAUGACAAAGUAUGACCCUACUAAGACGUCAGUUCUGCUGGAAGUGAUAAAGAAGAGAGAUGCGAGUUUCAGUGACGCCUGCUGUGAUCAUCAUCAACAGUGAUUAAACACGAGGCUCUCUCCUCGCACUGCUGCUAUUGACUAAACUCCAUUCCACUCUACUGCAGCCGCACAGUAAAUUAUUAAUAAUCCGGUUCUUAGCUGUCUACCUUGCUUCCUCAUCUCAUCCCUGGUUGGUGAGUCCUGUUCAAUAUUCAUCUUCUGACUUGUUAAGUGUCAGAUCUCCUGACAAAUAGUAAUGAUUUCAUAAUUUAAACUCAUUUAGAUUUAGAGAUUUGGUCCAGGCCAAUGUGUUGCAAACAAUGAAAAACUUUCCAGUUUCAAUCGCCCAAAAGGCUUUCAGGCCGAGGCAGAGUACUGGCUCUGAUUCACACAGAUCAUUUCAAAUGUUCACAAUACUCUUUUCAUUUGAAUAACUUGGUUUUUACUUAGUUCAACUGUUUUUUUUACUAACUGACUAACUGAGCAUGACUUUGACAGAGGCUGUUUUUUGGUGAUUUUAAUAUAUACUGCACCUCUGGUUCCUCUUUUACUACAGUUUUUAUAGACAUUGAGGAAUCUUUCAAUAUUUUAGUCGAGAGACCAGUUUAUGAAUCUAUGAUUUUGAAGGUAAUCCUUCCCCGUGUGCUUACACAGUCUCCAUUUAUGUUUCUUCUCAUGUCCUUAAUACCAACUCUGUUGAUACUUUUUACAAGGUCUUCAUGAAUACAUCUGCACAUAGCAAGAGCCAAAAAACAAAUGUGUCUACAGGCAAUUUAACAAAUAACUUCAACUUCAUCAGUACAUGUAAAGCUGUACUUGAUUCCAAAGCACCUGCAAAUAUCAGCCACUACUGCACUCAGCACAGUGCAGAUAUCCGCCAGGCAACAGCUGGUGGAGCACCUGCUGCAGUGCGACCACAACAACCAGAUGCAACCAGCAAUGAUUUGCAAAGUUUUGAAUUGAGUGUUCAAAGUUCAAACUUAAUUAAAACAUAUAAUAGAUACAGGAAGCUAUGUUUUUAGCAGAGACUGAAGUACACUUAUCGAAAGCAGUAAAAGAAGCUAACACUAAUGCAAAAGACAAAACAUAAAACAAAACAUCAAACCCCAGAAUCCUUUAUUAAAUUAAAUCUGUAACAAAUUCUCCUCCUAGUCAACAAAAGCAAGACUCCCCAUGAUCUGUGAGAUAUUUUUUUAUCUUCACAAUAAGUGAAAUCAAUCUCCAAAUAGUUUUCUCUUCAAAUCUUAUUUUUCUUAUUUAUUAAGCAGAACUUCUUUGGUAGUGGUCAUUGAUGCCUACUCUUCUGUGGCAGUGACCUGCGGUGUUCUCCAGGGCUCCGUGCUUGACCCCCUAUCGUUCUCUAUAUUUGCUGCUGGGACAUAUCAUACAUAAACAUACAGUAAUGUACUACAUGUUCCAUCAAACCAGUGAAGGCAUUUUCUCUGAUUUAUGUUCUAUCAGAAAUAAAAUGUUGGUGUCCCUAGAUUUUAUCCAGCUGAAUGAAAACAAAUCUGAUAUCUGUCUGUUCAGUCUCACCAAGUCAAUCCUAACAUCUUGGCUACUAGUAAAUGUCAAACCUGUAGCCAGAAACUGUAUUAUUUGACAAUGACUUUUCAAUAACAACGAUUAACAAUGAUUAUUAUUAAAUUGUGUUUUUAUCAGUUGACAAGUAUUUAAACAUUCCUUUCUCUUUUCUCUCUCCGCCUGAUCCUGAAAAGGUCAUUCAUGCUUUUUUUAUCAUCUCAGUUAGAGUUAGUACAAAAUGCAUUUGCUCAGCUUUCUUAAAAUAGGUUUUUAUUAAAUUAAAAUAUUUUUUAUUAAUUUAAUCUUAUAUCAUUUGGGGUACUUUAUUAUUAUUAUUACUUUAAUUGCUUAAUUUUAAGAGCUAAAUGUUUUAAUCCUUGUUCACUUUGAAACGUUGUUCUGAAAAGUGCUGCAUAAAUAAUUUUAUUUCAUCACAUCAUCACAAAAGUUAAGCAGCUGUGUUCUUACUUAACCUCCUUUUUUUAGAACAACAGUGGUAAGAAUGGUCAUUCACUGAACAGGAAAGAUUUGGGGAAACACGUGGGCUUAUUUCCUAUAUCACUUCUACAGUGUUCCACUGUGUGCUGGCCUACUUAAACAGCAAUUUGCAUUAACUCCCUUUAAUGAGCACAUUUUGUGGGAAGUUGCGUUCUUAGUCUCAGAUUGUUACACAUAAUUCAUCUUUUCAACGAAGAGCACUAAACCACCAUAAAUGCAUGCACUCUUCCUGUUAACAGAGCAAAAACUGACAGUAUGUUGUGAUAGGAUAAAAAUAUUGUGAUACACUCGAUGUCCACCACUAGGUGGUGUAUUUUCUUGUUUUAUUUAUUUGGAGUAUUAGUGAUGAGAUGACUGUCAUGAAGGUGUGAGCUCUCUGGUAUCACUACGUGUUUGUAAAAUAGAAAGCGAGAGUUAAAGUGUUUAAGUACACCACAAACUGCUGAAAGUGACCUUUAUUUCAAACAUGACUACGUAAUAGUAGAGGAAGUGUAACUUCUGUUGAGAAAAUACUAAACUUUUCACUCUUUUCUACUGUGCACUAUUCUUUAAAUUAGACCAAUGGCUCUGGUCUGCUGGUAUUAACAUUCUAAGUCACCAUAUUUCUGACUGAGUGGUUUUGUUCAGCUAGUUGGAACAAAGUCUGAACAUGUUGAAGAGUUGGAAGGAACUCUUUCUCCUCCAUCCAAAGAAAAACUUGCAGCUUUGUUAGGUAUGAUUAAAUGUCCUUGGCAGCACCUUCUCAUCUUAAUCAAGCAUAUUGGCAGAGCUUCAUUUUUAGAUAGCUGGCAUCUGGAACACUCAAUGUAGAAUAUUCAUUGAAUCAACUGAAGCAUAACGUUUGUGAUCCUUUAUUAUUAUUAGUAUUUUUAUGAAGACUAUUUUGCACCAUCUGCCUACAAGAAGUGCUACGUGGUCUCUUUUUCAGAUUUUUAUUAAUGGUGUAUUAUCCUCCCACUUCCCCAUCCACCUAAACAACGGCAGACAUUUAGGACCACAAUAAAAGACCCUUGAUAAUCGCCUCUUUUAUGGCCACGCCAACAAUGUAACAUGAAAAUUUAGACUAAUCUCUGAAAGGCACAGAUGUUCUACAAGGCUUUUGUUACCAUAACAAAUCCUCCACCAGAUGACUCACACAGACACACACAUGUUCUGUGUGGACUUGGUAGACUUAAGUAGAGCAGUUUCAAAUGUAAUACAUAUAAAUCAUAUUAAACGAAAGGUACUUUCAUUUAAUAUGAUCAUCUAUUAACUUUUAUACAAUUAAUAGUGAACACUUACUGCAUGUAUCAUUAUUAUACAUAUUCAGCUAUCUAUCUCUCAUUUUUUACAAACAAAUAGGACAUUUUGGUACUUGUGCUAGACAAAAUAUAUUUGCAACACCAGGACCUGGUGUGGAUGAUGCCAUCAAGAAGAAAGAAGAAGUACAUAUUGUCAAGAAGCUUGAAGACACAUUUAAUGCUGCGACAUACAGACAAGGAUGUGGGUUGUCUCUAGUCAUUCUGGCUGUAGUUUCAUAUUGACUAUGUUCUUUCUGAUGUUUUCAGUAUUUUCUUACUAAAGAUGCAAAUGGUUCUGUAGACUACAAACUGUAAUAAACAUGUUGCAACAAUA